UCGGUAUCCACCGAGAGUGGUCGCUUCACUCAUCAUUAUUGUUUGACCGGAAUACUCACCCUUCGUGCGGGGUAGCAGGUGCACAGUGGCAGUGCUUUAGUAGUGAUUCAGAAGAGAGAGAGUGUUCAGAAGAAUCUAUUUCGUAGGAAAAGCCGGAUAGUUGGAUUGGUCCUUCCGUGAGCGUAACGCAGUGCCACAUGUUCUUCAUCCCCUGCGGAAGGGGUUUAAACCGCGAAAGAUGCAAUGGUCGAUCGGUGUUUCAGUGAUGUUUCCACAGAACCACUUUGCAUGGUUGGCAUCGGUGUUGCUGGUGCUUGCCGGGCCUCCAUCACGGACAGCUGUCCUUGCCCAGGACUGGACGGAUCCAUGGUUUGUUUCGGGAAACGAGGAAAACAUUUCACUCGGUGCCUACGAACCCGCAUUGACGCUACAGAAUGUGUGGAUGGUGGAAGAGAUGCCAACACCGUACGUGAUGCUCUAUCUCAACUACAAGGGUACGGCACAGCCAAGCAUUAUUGCCGCACCCAGCAGUCUCGGUGCUACGGUGGCACGCGCCAACGAUGGCCGUUGGACAGUCAACGUAAACCGACGGCAGGACUACGAGGUACCGGACCAGCGGGCACCGUUAAUACAGCUGAGCGUAGAGGAUGCCUCCCGGCCCUACAUCAUCCCGGUGCAGCUGGUCAACGUGCUCGAUAAUGCACCGGUAAUGACGGCGGAGAACUACUGCGAAAUCAGCGAGCUGCGCCGGGACUUCACAUCGGACUGUCUGUUCAAGGUGUACCAUGCGGACGGGUUCGAACAGGGCAACAUUCUCAACUCCAGCACGAACGAGCUGUCGUUCGAGAUCGAAGAUGCCGUCGCGAACGAGCAUUUUGAGUUCUGGGAGGUACCGGAGGGUAACCCGGAGGAUCCUAACCAUAACAUACUCUACAACCUGCGGGUAAAGAAACAGUUGGAUUACGCGGAAAAGUCACUGUUUAACUUCAUCACCACCGUGUACGAUCUGGAUCAGACGCACUCGUUCAAGAUGAACACCAUCGUCAAGGUCCGGAAUGUGGAUAGCCGUAAUCCGACGUUUACGCGCCCCUUCACCACCCAGCGGAUUAUGGAGAAGGAAGAGUUUCGCACGACCGUCAUCGCUAUCGAUAGCGACACGGAGCUAAACAACCCUAUCUGCUACACACUGCAAACGCUGGUGCUCGAUUAUCAAAAGUACUUCUCCAUCGGUGAAACGAGCGGCGAAAUGGUCGUGAAUCCAAUCGAUCGUGACACGGAAAAGAACGAGCUUUACUCGUUCACGAUCACCGCAUACAAGUGCCACAAUCCCAGUAACCGCACCAGCAUCGAUGGUGCCAUCAUACUGGAGGACAAAAACGAUUGCUUUCCAGAGUUUGAAGUGCGCCCGGUCGAGCAGGAGUUUUGGGAGAACACGGUGAUGGAGCUGGACUUUGAGCAGUUCAUCAUCGAUGAUCGUGAUCUGGGUGAAAACGCACGCUACACGGUACGCCUCACGGAAACGGUUGGUGGUCAGGAGCAGCAGGGCACGGAUUCGUUUACCAUCAUUCCCUCGACCGGUUAUCAGCGGACCGGGUUCACCGUGAACAUUAACGAUGCUUCGAAGCUGGACUUUGAAGAUCCUCCCCGGCAAAGCUUUCAGCUGCACGUGACGGCCCAGGAACCGAGUGAACCGUCGCACGUUCGAGUGCAAACGAUCGCGAUUAAGUUGAAGAACUGGAACGAUGAGAUUCCUGCGUUCAGCGAUGAAGAGUACGAAGUCAGCGUGCGGGAAACCAUCGGUGUGGACGAGCUGUUGGCGGAAGUUACCGUCACUGAUCGGGAUAUUGAUGAUGGGAUCACCCUAACGGCACUUGGGCGGAUUGGCGAAAGUGUGGACAUCGUAGCAUUACCGAUCGUGCUGGUAGACAGCGUACCGAGCUAUAGCUUCCAGAUUCGUACGAAGGUGGGCAACAUCUUUGAUUAUGACAUCGCGAAGGAGGUUAUUGUGCAGCUGCAGGCCCAGGAUAAACUGAAAACCGAGCGAAAUGAACCAUUGCAUCGGAUAUUUUCCCAGCUUUCGAUCAAUGUGAUCGAUGUGAACAACAAACCGCCACAGAUCACGUUGCCCCGAGGUACGCUGCAUAUUUUGGAGAAUUCGGUGGCCGAGUCACCGGUCAUUAUUGGGGAGUCCGAGGUUGGUGAGAUCAUCGGUACCGAUCCGGAUACGGAGGCCGACCUACAGUUCAGCAUCGACUGGAGCAGUAGCUACGGUACCAAGAGUGGAGUACGCGCCAAACAAGACACCUACGAAGGCUGUUUCUACAUCCGCGAGGAGCGCGUAAACCAACAGCGCACGAUUGGGACAUUGCGGGUGAAUCCCAGCUUUAAGAAGGACGUUGAUUACGAAAUGUACGACACACUGUUCCUGAUGAUCCGCCUGAUCGAUCGGAACCAAACGAUUCUACCGAACUCGGUGGAGGUAGCGAUUACGGUGCAGAUUGACGAUGUGAACGAUAAUGCACCGGAAUUCGAUAAUGCCACACUGACCGUGGUACGUUCGGUGAGAGAGCGAUCUGAUGCGGGGGUUACGAUCGGUAACAUUAUCGCCUACGACAUCGACGGUCCGGGGAACAAUGAAAUCACUUUCUCCAUGAGCCCGGUCAAUCCAGAGCAUGAAGGAUGGAUGAGCAUCGAUCAGAAUGGCAUCAUACGUGUCGAGGGAAAUCGAACGAUCGACUGCGAUACGCCACCCAUCGACGUGGUGCUACAGACUGUGACCGUUUCGGACUGGCUGUUCAGUACCAGUCACGUCUUUACGAUCGUCCUGAUGGACACCAACAACAAGCUACCGUAUCACGAUCCCUUCCCCGACGAUGGUCGCGUGUUCCAGUUCGAGAAGCUGCCAUCGAAGAGUGUGGUGGCGCGGGUGGAAGGUAAAGAUCAGGAUCGGGACGUGGCGUACCACACGGUGUCGUACGAGAUCAACUACAGGGACUUUGCGCAGUUGCAGCGCUACUUCGAGGUCAAUAGCGGGGGACAGGUGUACGUGAAGGAAAAUAACGAACCGCUGGAUCGGGAUGGCGGUUUGGAGAGCAUCACGAUCAACGUGGUGAUGGUCGACAAUGCGGGGGGUUAUGAUGUUCAGAACCGUGUGUCGACGAAUAUUUUACUAACGCUGCUCGACAUCAAUGAUCACUAUCCGGAGCUACCGGAGCUCGGUGACGAUAGUUCCCAGAUAUCGGAGGACGUAAAGACGGGCUACAUCAUCAAGGCGGACCUGGCAGCGCAGGAUCGGGAUGACCGACUUACGCCGAAUGCCAAAAUCAACUACUACAUUCGACAGGUGACACCAGAUAUUGGCACCUCACUGUUUCUGCUGGAGAGUGUGAACGAAUACAACGCCACAUUAAAGGCGGCCAAGGACUUUAAGGGUUACUACGGUGACUGGACGGUGCGAAUCGAAGCAUGUGAUCGUGGCAGUGAAUAUGAACCCAUAAUUGCCCUGCCGGAGCCGGGCCGAGACAACUGUCGGACGCGCGAUUACGAGCUGGUGAUAAAUCCUUUCAACUAUCAAGCCCCAACCAUCGUCUAUCCGGUUCGUAACUCACAGCUACGUCUCAAAUACGAAUCACUGUACAAUGGACGCCCCCUGAACGACACCAAUGGGUCGGUUUUGCCCGAUUUCAGUGCCAUCGAUGAUGAUGGUGGCAUUUACGGUGACGUUAGCUUCACGCUCCAGAGCACCAACGAAGGGGAUAAGGAUCACGAAGUGUUUAGGAUCGAUAAAAUAGAUCGUAAAAGUGGUCAGCUCGUCCUGGAGAACGCACUGGCGGUGCAGCCCUAUCCGAAGAAUUAUAGCUUGACUGUUAUCGCCCGGGAUGGUGGUGACAAGCGCACCGAGGUACAGAUUAAUGUAGUCUUCAUCGACAUGACCGGUGAACCGGCCUUCCUCGAGCCAACCUUUGACACCGACUUUACAGAAAACGAGGAAGGACGCGAUGAACGCCGCCAGCUUCCGUUUGCCGAGGAUCCGAAGAAUGCCGGCCUACCACCGGGAGCCCAAACAAAUGUGUUCUACUUCAUUGACCGAAGCUACGGAAAUGCGAGCCAUCUGUUUGCGCUCGAUCCGGUGAGUAACGUGCUGCGGUUGGCCGUUCUGCUCGACCGGGAAGAGAUACCGUCGCACGAGAUACGGAUUGUGGCGACAAACAACGAGAACGGUCCACCGGCAUCCAUCGCCGAGAGUUCGGCCGCCCUGCUCGUCGUCCGGAUCAAGGUGAACGACGUGAACGACAAUCCGCCCGUGUUCCAGCAGCGGUUCUAUGCGGCCGGCAUCACGACGGAGGAUCGCGUCCAGAAGCCACUGUUCCGCGUCUUUGCCGACGAUCCGGAUGAGGAUGAAAUCAUCCGGUACGAGAUUGUGGCCGGUUCGGGGGAGACGGUCGGUGAGAAUUUGCCCCCGAGCGGCAGUCCGUUGCCGUUCCGGCUCGACGGGAACACGGGAGAGCUGACGCUGCAGCAGAAGGUGCUACCGACGCAGAAGGGUUACUAUCAGUUCAGCAUCAUGGCGUUCGAUCGGGAUGAUACGCAUAAUGAUACGACCACGGCCAAGAUCUACAUCGUGUCCGAGUCGAACCGGGUGACGUUCGUGUUUCUGAACAGCGUCGAAGAGAUUGAUCAACCGGAUAUCCGGGAUUUUCUGGCCCAACAACUUUCGGCCGCAUAUGAUAUGGAGUGUAACAUCGAUGACAUCGAUCAAUCGAUUGCGACCGAACGGCAGGAGGAGAUACCGUCGGCCGGCAGCAGCAGCGAGACGGACGUUCGUACCCAUUUCAUCCUCAACAACCAGGCGGUCGAAGCGAGCACGAUACAGCAGCGAUCCUCUAACCGAACGUUCGUCACCGAACUGAAGACGGUGCUGCGUACACGCAACCUUUCGCUCCAGAAUGUCCCAACACCGUCGGAACCGCUGAGCGAGGUCAACGAGACGCUACAGACGGUACUGAUUGCGGUGGCCGGUGCUCUGGCCGUACUCUGUGUCAUACUGUUCGUGGCGUUCUUCAUCAAAAUUCGUAGCCUCAACCGCCAGCUGAAAGCCCUGUCGGCCACCGAUUUUGGGUCGAUUUCGUCCGACCUCAAUGGGAAACCGUCGCGUACCGUACCGACGACCAACAUCUUCUCCAUCGAGGGCUCCAAUCCGGUGCUGAAUGAUAACGAGUAUGGGCGCCAUGGUGGUGGUGGCGGUGGAUAUUACGAUGAUCUGAGUGUGCAAUCGGACGAAUCGGAUUUCACCGACAUGGACAAGGAUAUGUUUGCGACGAAGAGCAAGGAAAGUCUGACUCCUGCCUUCAUGGAGCACAUACGCCAGCGGUCACUUAAUCCGAUGGUGAAUGCGACCGUCCGCAGCAACGACUCCAGUGGCUCCACUCCAGCUCAUCAGAAAGUGGACGAAACGGAGGACGAACUAUCGCAUCGGUUUUGAGCUUCGAUAGCACAAGCAGAUUGCUCCAACCAGAUUAUGCGUCAGCGGGCACUCAACGGGAGAUGUUAAGGGGUUGCAAGGAGGCGAUUUCCGGAUGUCCCGAGAGCCCCACGGGCCCCAGUGGGUGGUUUGUAAGAUUUCAUUAAAAUAAGCGUGUCACCUUUGACCUCGUCGUAAGCAUAUUUUUGUUAAUAUUCGUUGUCCGGUCCUGCAGCCAGUUAGCUAGCGUGAGGUGAGCGUCUGGUGGGGGGUGGAUGUGCGUAUAAAAGAGGAGUAAGGAUCCGGAGAAGCAACAAAUUGGGAAAAGCUUUCAGACUCAAGAUAACGGCCGGUGCCAUCAACGCUGGCAGGCCCUGCAGCAGGCUGUGGUUGGUUUUUUUUAUGAAUAAGAUAACCCGUUCCUUUCCCACGCCAUACAACGGGGACAACAGCGUUGGAUCGGGAGAGUUGAUAAAAAUUGCUUUUUCCCAUUGCUCUCGUGCCCAUCGUCACCGCGUUAUUCGCCUGCGGUUCCGUGGAACUGGGGCGCAAAUUUAUGUAAAUUAAAACGGAUACACUUUCGGGCGGGCCAAGAGAAAAGAAAUAAAGCGUCGGAUAACCGCCUGGGUGAUGUCACCAUCCUUGUA